AUGGACUCGUGGUUGUAUGUUAUCCUAGCAUUUUUGGUGCUUGAUAGAGUAUGGCCGUUGGUAGAGACGCUGCUUCAAGGUUUCAUACAAGCCAACUCGUCUCGCUUAAAGGAUUUAAUGCGCCAGCGGGGUGACUUGAUACUUGCACAGAAGGAGAUCAGUGCUCAGGAUGAGUAUGCGAAGUGGACCAAGAACAACAGGGCUUUGGACAAGAUCAAUAAGCAGAUUGAGGAGGAGAAGAAGGCGCUCUUGGCACAAGUAGAUGGGACCAAGGCGACUUUGAAGAAGUUCAAGUUGGCUGCUAUUACAGUUCCGUUCACGUUUUUGAAGUUUUACAAGGGUAAGAUGCCUAUUUACGAACUGCCCAAGGGUAUUUUCCCUAAUUAUUUGCAAGGGUUGAUGCAGCACGGAUGGAUAUACGUGCCAUUGGGGCCCUUAAACUUGAAGAAAGUGAGCGAGGGGGCGACGGUAACCGUUUCUUUGGGCAUAUGGCUGUUUGCGCUGCUCAAGGUUGUCAGCACGCUCAACCAGAUGUGGAACGCCUUCACUUCUCCAGCGGUGCCUGCGCCAGCGGUUUCGACGCCAGCGGUUCCAGCGGUUCCAGCGGAAACUGAGACUGAAACAUCCGUUUCCCACCCUGUUGAUCAACCAGUAGAUUAG